CAGAUCACCACCCAUGAACAAUUAAUCAGGAUUGAGCUGAUGCAUAUUUCCUGGCUUCAAUCACCUCAGUGAAAUACAAAGGAAUCUAAAUCAUGGGUAAGCGGAAGAAGUCGAGCAGGCAGCCCCAACAAACCAGAAAGAAGGAACCACUGCCCACAACGUUUGCAUGCCUCUUUUGCAACCACGAAAACUCGAUCAUAGUGAAGCUAGACAAAAAGCUUGGUUUGGGAAACCUUACCUGCAAGGUGUGCGGGCAAAGGUUCCAAACAGGGAUCAAUUAUCUCUCUGCCGCUGUUGAUGUGUACUCCGACUGGGUUGAUGCCUGUGACGCGGUUGCAAAGGACACUGCACAUGAUUAUCAAGAAAGUGAUGCCCGUGUCCGACACUCGAAUGAGUCUGUCGUUUCACCCGGUGCUCGGAACUUUGAUGCUGAUGAUGCGGACGUUGGUGAUGAAUACACUGAUGAUUACUGACGUGCCUAGAGCAAUUGGCAGAGUAUGAGUUAUGGCCAAAUCUGCAUUGCUAAACUUUAGAUGACUCUAUUGACACCUCCAUUCCACCGGAAUAGGCAUGAUAAAUGUAAUGGUAUUUAAAGAGAAUAGAUCGAUAUAGCCCAGGCACCUCAAAAUCUUUUAUCGGAGUACGAGCCCCCGAUCACAACGUAUAAUAUCGAUCACCAAAGUCACCAAG